UUCCUGAACUGUGCUAUUUAUAUAAUUGCAUUGUUAUGUAAAAGACCAUGGAGCAUGGAUGCCACAUAUAUACCCUGGGCAUUGCAGUAGAUGAGACUUAUUCACACACACACAUCCUUGCACGCUUGCACUCGCUUAUGCUCUGCCUGGAUUGAUCAGUGAUGCCAUGCCUCUGUAGUGGCAAUGCAAUUCUGGAAGGACUAUUUUUGCAAGCCUUGUAGUGCCGCUGUCACGUCUCCUCAGGAGGACAUGGACUACAGGAUGGGAAACUGCAUUGGUGUCGCACGCAGUCAGGCUGCAGUUCACAAUGAUGAGGUGAGCCCAGUAAAGGAGAAGAGUAACGGUGCAGAGAACGGAUCUGUCCGCACUGAUUCAGCCACAGCGGAGCCACAGGUGUCUGAUGAGGAAGACAAGCAGCGAAGACAGGAGGACGAAGACAAAGAAGAGCUUGAGUUUCCUCAUGACCUGCUGCCCAGCAUUGACCUCAGCACUGAACUCAAUCUAACCUGGGGAUCCUCACUUGGCAGUGGUCAGGUGGGCUCAGGUGAGAUGAAGAAUGAGACCACUGCCAACCCUCUGCUGGCAGGUUUACAGCACUACAUGGAGGCCAGUCCACCUGUAGUGGGCCUCAUGAAGAGCUAUGACGCUGACCAAGUCUCUACUGCGAGCCCAUUGGAGCACCAGGCCCAGUCAAGCACAGCUCAGGAAAAUGUAUCAUCUCUCAAGCCUUUGGCUGAAAUGGAUUUCGAACUUGAGGAAGCUUUUAAGGAAUGCGAGAACCAAAUGGCUGUUCUGGGCAUGUCCUCACAUGCAGACACCUGGAGUGCAGGUGAUAUGGACAGGAGUUUCUCAGUUGCCCUGCCUGACCAAAAGGAUCCUGGAUCAUCUUCACAAAGCGAUCAAAGCGAUGUAGUGCACAAAAAUGUGUCAUCGGCAGGUGAAGUGGAAGUGUUUAGCUUUAGGGACUAUAUACUGGGAAAGAAGAAAAGUAAUACAGGUGCAGUCAGAACUGAUUUAGGAAAUAGCAUCAUGGAAAACCAUAGUGAGGAAGCUAGCCAACUGUCAGAUCCAAAAAAGCAAACUAAGUCAGAGAUAGAGACAAAAAUAGACACUGCUGAAUACAUACCAGAUCAAGAAACGAUAGAGAGUAUGUGGACAGGUACCCACACAGCAUCAGAGAGUGAAGCAGCAAUGCAAACACUUAUCCAGGAUCAGUUAACACAAGAUAUGUGCUCUUUAAUGUACAGUAUAGAGGCUGAAAGCACAAAAGGAUUGAAAGGUUCAGACAGGAUUUCCAUCACUCAAGAAGCAAAUCCUGUGAAUAAAGUAGCGUGGUCUGCAAAAGAUACACAGAUUGUUCAAAAGACAAAUGCAGAUGUGAAAAUAGAAACACAUGCUCAGUUAAUGAGUGAUUUAACCACGCUUACUGAUACACACACUGGGGAAAUGUUGUUAAACUUGGAACCAAAACCAAACAUACAGAAACAGGUGGAGUCAGGGACACAGAAGCAGAUCUGUGGACAGAAAGAAACGAACUUAAAAGUACAAUCAAGCCCAAACAAUCAAAGAACAAAAUUAGGACUGAGUUGUGAAGAUAAACAGCCCAUCUGUUCUCCAUCACCAAAACCUGACACUCACCAAGCUCAUCUUUCCCAAUCCGGGGCUCCCCCUGCCCCGAUUCUGCACUCCCCACAGGGGGGGCUUGAGCAACACGAUGACCAGAAGUGGACAGAUGGCCACUGCAGAUCAAUAUCAGACCAAGAAACAAUACACCACAACCACUGUUCGAUCGUGGAAGUCAAACAUGAGAAAAAUUUAUCCGUUGCAUCUGCUGUUGUGAUUGAUUUUGGCCAUGCUGCCUCUGGACAUGAGCCCACAGGGAGUCGUGAUUUACAAACAUGUUUGCUAGAACAGGGGAAUGGACCUCCUGUAAGCGGUGGAGCUGGCGUGCACACGCCACUGUGGGGGAAUUCACACUCUCUGAGCCGAACUGGUGCAGGAGAAGAGGAGGAGGACGAGAGUGCCCUUGAAUGGAUUUCAGCUGCCGAUUCGUUUUUGCAAACGACACCCACGAGGCAGGAAUGCGAGGGAGAGAAAAGAGGUGAUGCGUACCAAAGUGCCGCAAUAAUAGUAGAGGCAGCAGAGAGAGAUACGUCAGAUUUAGAUUCGGACCUGCUGCAAUCAGGAACGCAGGAGCGAAUAUGCACCAUUUUUCCAAAGAUUAAUAGCUCACCUGUUCAGAGAUUGGAAGAGAAAGAAGAAGUGGCUAAGAAGAGCUGUGACAGCAGAAUGCCACAUAACUCGUUGGAGAGUGAAGAGAAGGGAGGGGGUCUGCCGAUCGUACUCUCACCAGCCGGAGACGAGGAUACAAGCUCAGUCGGCACAGAGGACAAAGCCCUGGUCACCAUUUCCUCUCCAGACGUCCCGGAAACAUGUGACUGGAAGGAAGAGAGCUCCCAAUCAACAGAGAGAAUGGGAGAGGGAGAGAAAAAAGGGAGUGAUGAGGAGGGGAAAGAGCAAAGUAAAGGCGGAGCACAGAAUGCAGCCCAUGCCGGCAGAUUGUCACUGACUGAGGCAGAUUCAUCCCACAGCAUCACAGCAUCGCUAACAGCAACGCAUGAUGAGAGUGACCUCACCCCUUCUGUCACAGCUGACACGGCUUCAUCUGCUCUGACCAUCAAAAGAACAAACGACUGCGACUCCAUCAAUCCACCCCCUCCUCGUUUCCACUUAAACAACACGAAAACAGCCGAAGAGCAGAAAGAGGCAGAGGCGUAUUUGAGUCCAUCAGGCAGUGAUAGUUUACUCCCACCAGCUGUCUUUUCUGAAACGGACGUACUCGCAGCGCAAGCCAGCGAUCAACAGGUACAGAGCUCUUCACAAACUGAGAUCGCAAACAGCGACGCAGAGAUCAAGACAGACACACAUCAGCAAAAUCAAGCUGUAAGUACUGCAAUUGAAGACGAAUCACUUAAGCUAAGCAUGAAGAAUAUGAAUGAAAUUGCAUUGAAAACAGAAACCGGGGGCCAAAAGGAUGCAGCGUUGAAAUGCCAAAUGACUAAAUGUGCUUCUCUGCCCCCUUUGAUGGUGUUUGAGAAACUACGUCAUCCAGUUAGAGAGUCAAGCUUUAACUUUGAAGGUUUUCUCAACACAAGCAAACCACCUCCGAUUGCAAACCUGCAGAAAACUGGGGGAGAAAACUCUCAGGGUGCAAAUAAUAAACCUAUUGCCUUUGAGGAAAAAAAUGAAAAGCAGGAAGACAAAAAGGAACAUGUGGAAAUGACAUGUCAAGAGCGGAAAAGCAGCAAAGAUGGAUAUACCACUCAAGACAUUAAUGAUUUUCAAGAAAAUUUUGGUGUAAUUAUUGGUAGUUCUGACGAAAGUGGAAAAGUGACAGAUGACAUCAUCAAAAAGCGUCCUGUUAUAUCUGUAUCACAGUCAGCUGCAGGUGAGAGCACCAGUGUUUCAAGUGUGAGUAAUGGAACUCUGAAAGACGUUAAAGAAAAGCAGAAAAUUAAGGAAUCUGUCAGUGUUACCCAGAUCACUCCAAACGAUGAAAAUGAGUCGGUAUCCACCGAGAAGAAAAGCAUUAUACCACAACAUGUUUCUUUACAAGAGAAUACAAGUCAAAAGGACAGCCCCGCUGUGAAUUGUGUAGGAGCCGAAAUCGCUGUAGGCGAUGAACAGCUAGCCACUAAAGAACCGAAUGGAAAGAGUGAUGAAUCAGUAAGAUGUGUUUCAGCUGAAACUGUCCAAAAAACAUGUCCAGAUAAUUCAGAAAUCCUUAUAAAUGACAAUCUGGGGUCGGAACAGUAUACAUGUGAAGAUAAGCCACAGGUAAAAUCCACCUCCAUGUCUUCAGACACAGACACCACUUGCCCGGGUGUGAUCAAUACUACGUGUUUAUCUCAACCAGACAUGAAAUCAAACACCGAACAGCCUAAUACAGAGAUGCAAAUUCUGCCGAAAGCAGAUGAAUACCCAGACAAACUGUCCUGUGAGACUGAAUCACAGCUGAGUGAUGGAGGGAUGACAAGUGCUGCAGCGGAUGCUGAUGACAAGCCGGUCCCCUCUCCUACUACUGCAGAGACUUCAGUUCCAGCACAAAGAGAUCUUUCCUCAAACAGCGCACAAAGCACCAACAGUGAUGCCAGGGAUGUGCCCGUCAUUGUACUAAAGACUCCAGGCCCGAUGCUGAGUCACUGUGAGGACAUUUAUGACCGUGAUAUUGCUUUAGGAGGAGCUGGGGAGCACUGCAGUGUAGACUGUGUAUGUGAUUCCCAUACAGAGGCUGUAAAGGACUUUAAAGGGGAGAGAAGUGAUGCAAACGAAAAGUUUCUUGAAGAAAAAAAUGCAGAUUAUCAGUCAUACAUUGUUUGUGUCUCCGCACAGGAAGUUGCAACUUCAUCUGAAUCCAUUCUGCUCACGGCUGAUAGUCCAAAACAGGCAUGUGGUUUACUGUUAGCAUCAGAGAGCCCAGAAACCGAUAAAAAUGCAGAAAGGAAUGAGAGUGAGACUGAUAUUGGUAUAAAAGAAAAGAGUGAAUAUUUAAAUUCUGAAAAUGAGAAAGAUUUAAGUGGUGUACCUACGAAUAUUAAAGCAGAGGUUGGCACGGCUGUUCAGGGCGAUGAGCAAAAUAGCCAAUCUCUAUUGCACUCAUCUCAUAUUUGUAGUGAUGAAAAUGUCUCUUUUUCAAUAUCAAAUAUCACUGAUCCCAAACCAGCUGUAACACUACUGUCAGAUCUUUCCUCUGGUCAUGUAAGCUCAACAUCAGUAGCCAAAGAGUUACAGUCGAUUACCGAUAUGCAAAAUGUUUCAGUCUCUUUAGAAACAACCUGUACUGAUGAGUCACUUAGUUCUCAAUCGACUGUGACAAGUCUCAAUGAUGGCAUCAAAACCGAAUUGCCUGAAAUGUCUAAGGAACCUGCUCAUCAUGUAUCAUUAGAUACAAAUGAUGCAUUCAUGCCAGUGAUGGGAGGAGAAUCAAACAAGGAGUGUGUGAACGAACCUCAGGGACAAUUUUCCAGUGCAAAAAAUGGCUCAGAGGAGGAAGGAAACAAGCAAAACCAAAGGAGUCAGACAGCAUUAAAAGAACAAGCAGAAAAUACAUGCAAAAAGGACUUAGAUAGUGCACAUACAUAUCAAAAAAAGGAUGAGACUACUGUAAAACCUGGGCGAAAUGUCGAUGAAACAGAUGGACAGAAAGAGGAGUUAAAAAAUGCGGAUGACCUUAACGAAGAAAAUAACACUGAUCCUGCUUUAACCUCAAAAGGGUGUAAAGAGGAAGACUUGGGUAUUCAUCCAACCUUAAGCCAAUCAAAUUUGUUAUUUUCACCGUCCCAGGAGCUCCAUCAGCAACAGGUGUUCAUGAGCACCGCUCCAGAAGCAAUAUUAGAGGUGGAGGAGAAUACAGAUAAAAGAAAUGAAAAUGCUGAUGCCAAUAAUUAUGCAGAUGCUGAGGCAAGUGAAAAUCAAGAGAAAGUGAUUGUGAGCUGCACCGCAAAAGCUCAAAGUUCCUUAAACGGCACAUCAGAGAGUUCCACAGUGCAGGAAGGUAAUAAAACACAUCUUAUAGUCGACAUUACUGGUCUACAGAAUGAACAGCAGAGCGUACAAACAACAGAUCUAUGUAGUGAGAACAGCCCAUAUCCUGUUUGUGGUGAAAGUACAUCAAGAGAAAGCUCGAACCAAACACAGAAGGUAGUAAAAGAAGAAAGUGAAGUGUCACUAACGUCAUUACUGGCUACAGAAAAACAGGACACACAGACUAAAGAGCUUGCUGUUUUAGCCUUACAGGAAAGUAACCGUUCAGAAUGUGUCAUCUCGGAGACCAUUGCUGAUAAGCACGGGAAUCUGUGGAACAAAAUCCCAGAUGCCAAGUUAGAAUUAGAAUGUCCCGUAGAUCAGUCAAGCGGUCCCAGCAUCUUACACCAAGAAGCAGGAGAUAAAACAGAUGGGCGGUGUUUGAGUUCAGUUCCCAAUGGAGACAAUGCGAUCAGACUUGAUUCACAGAGUGAUGUUGCACAAAUCUCAAUUCUAGAAACUUCUGCUUUUCAGCAUAAUGAGUCAGGUUCUCAACCUACUGACAGGCAGCUUUCUAUCACCACCACUUACACUUCACCCGCCGUGCUCCCAGAAAAUGUUGAAGAUGAUAAAAAGACAACUGUUGAUCAGGACUCCAGAGAUGCAGAGAUUUUAGGUUCAUGCCGCUCGGUGGAUCCCACUGAAUCUCUAAAUUGCAAUUCUGAAGUUCUGAAGACAAAACAGCCUAAUGAGUAUUUGUCAGAGCAAUUCCCAGACUGUACCCAAAAAACAGAGGAUCAGGAUACACAGUGUACUGCACAACAUUUGAAUAUUCAAAACAUAAUCUGUGCUGUAAAAGCAGAAGACACCUUUUCGAAGAAAAGUCAACAGGGAGAAGAAAUGAUUAAAGCAGAGAUAAAUGUGCACACGGACAUGGAGGUUAAUCUUAAGCCUCCAGAGCCUGUUGUUGAAGCGGGGACAUCUAAAGAUGAACAUCAGAGGCAAGCCAUAGCCAAAGAUGAGACACAAACAGAAAUGAAACAGGCUGCUGCCAAUGUAACAUCAUUAUGUCCCAAGAUUUCUGUCUCUUUAUUUACUGACACCCAGGAUUCCCUUCAGAUCCCUCUCAUGGUCAAUCAACGGUCUAGUCAGCCGGCAACUGAGUCUGUUGUGCUAUCUUUUCAUGAAAUUGGCAGUGAUCAAAAUCCUGACACAGCAAACAGCCCUACUGAUAACAUAGGAUCCUUUCCAAUCAAAAACACUUUACAGAAAGAUGACACUGAGGUUAAAGAGGAAGGCAACAGUGUGUCAGAAAGUGAAGAUGGGUUGCUGGGUUCAGGCCAAGGAAAAGCACAGCUAUCACAAGUUAUAAAGAGUUUAGACAGCCAGGUCACAAGUGUAAUCUCUGUACCUGAGAGCUCAGGUACGAUCAACGAUUCUGAGUGUUCUGAUUGGCUCAGAGCAUUGAAAGAAUCAGCCGCCAUGUGUCAGAUCACUGCAGAACACAAAGAUGACAUCUGUGGAUCUGCAGAAAACAGGCCACUUGAGUUCCUCAGUUUGCAUCAGCCUGAACCAGAAUUCAGUACCCCUACUGAGGAAGGCUUCCCCCCAGCGCCAGAGAGUUUUUCCCCGGAGAUCGAGGACAGUUUCCCCCCUGCUUCUGAGAAUUUUCCCCCUGAGAUCGAGGACAAUUUUCCCCCUGCACCUGAGAGUUUUCCCCCUGAGAUCGAGGAGAAUUUUCCACCUGCACCUGAAAGUUUUCCCCCUGUAAUCGAGGAGAAUUUUCCACCUGCACCUGAAAGUUUUCCCCCUAUAAUCGAGGAGAAUUUUCCAUCUGCACCUGAAAGUUUUCCCCCUGAAAUCGAGGAGAAUUUUCCACCUGCUCCUGAGAGUUUUUUCCCUGAAACCGAAGAGACCUUUUCACCUGACACGAAAGAAAGUUUACUUCCUGUGAUUGAGCAAACAGAAGAACCACCAGACUGCAGGUCCCCCAUUACAGAAGCUGUUGAGAGAAGUGAGCCCAUUCUCUGCUCCACGUCACCCCCACCACAGCACGUGGUUGCUGCCGCCCUCCCUGCCCACCUCCUCUACAACACAGUUGAGUUCCCCACUCCGCCUCCUACCCCUCCUGAAAGGUUUCCCCCGGAGCCUCAGAUCUUUCCUUCAACUUCUGCUCCUCCUGAUCUACCUGAAACUUCCCCUGUCGCUCCUCUGCCUCAUCCGAUCCAACAGCUCCAGCAGUGUGAACCUUCAGCCAGGAGUUCAGACUCAGAUGGAGCAUUUGAAACCCCCGAGUCCACAACCCCUGUGAAGUCUGCUGCCUCACCAGUGUCCCCUCCAGAGCCCCCCAGCACCAGUUCAGAACCAUUGCCCUCACAGGAACACACAACUUCCACUGCUGAUAUCACUGCCAGUGAAGUUCCAAACCCGGAGUCAUCACCUCCACCUCCGAGUCGAUCUCCAUCAACUGUUUUUGAUGAAGACAAACCAAUAGCUGCAAGUGGUACCUACAACCUCGAAUACUUAGCCACUAAUGACCCCUUCCAAGAAUCAAAUUCUGGGCCGUCAAGCCAACAGGGUCGUACGCCUCUAACACGCUCCUUAAGCCUUCAGUCUGGUGAAUUAGAAAGUCCUGGAGACAAAUCCUCAGUAGGUACCUCUGACCAACCCUCUCACCCACGAACACAGUCCUUUAGCAUAGAAACAGAGAGUGCUCCAGGAACUCUCCGCAGAGUGAAGAAGCCCCGUCCAGGUACUAUAAAGAAAAAGCCUCUUUCCAGGCAGAACUCAAACCCGGAAGGUUCCUCGCCCAAGCCUGCUUCUUUUAGUAGCACACCGGAGGAAAAGAAAAGGGGGAAACCUCGUGCUGAAAGCCCAUUGCAAACUCAAGAGAGACCCAGUGCCUCACCCAGUCCUAGUCCAAGUCCCGCUAGUACCUUGAAGAGGAACAGAAUAAAGUCUCGAGUGGAGAGUCCUCCGCCAUUGGCUGAGGAGAUCACACUUGCUCCCACCUUAGUACCCCUCCAAGCAGAGGUUGUUGAUCCAAUAUCUGAGACCCCAGCUGUCCCUGACGAGGACUCUCCUAUCCCUCCCAGUGCCUCCUACAAAUGGGAUCCGGAUAACUUUGAAAACAUUGACCCAUUCCGAACAGGAGGCAGUAAGAUUGCUAAUUCGCCGGAAUUAUCCAGGAAAGCUGAUUUUACAUCAGUGUCAGACCCCAAUACCAACACUUCUGUUGCUGUAGAAAAGCACCGUUCCCCAUCUCCUGCUAAAGAGGAAUCCCUCAACGCUGAGGAGCAGCCAGUCGUCAAACGUCAACCAGUCAGACUGGAGUUUGACUAUUCCGAAGACAGUGGAGAGGCGCCACGCACCACUCCUCCUCCUAAAAAACUUGGCAAGAAGCCAGGGGCCAAGAUGCCCAUCAGAAAGCCAAAACCAGUGAUUCGAAAGCCCCCCCCACCUCAAAUGGAACAGUUAGACAAUGCACCACCCAUCCCACCACUUUCAAAUGACAAUGAUGAUAUCGCCAUUCCCAAGGCAUCAUAUAACUUUGACCCUAGCAAGUGGGAUGACCCUAAUUUCAACCCAUUUUCUUCAAGCAGCGGUGUCCCCAACUCUCCUCGCCUGUCCAAAGGAAGCUAUAGUUUUGACCCAGACUCAUUUGAUGAGUCUGCAGGUCCCUUUCAACCAUCCAAUAAGAUAGGGAACUUGCCUCCAAAAGCUGCCACUUUUGAUGUGUCAACCAAUGACAGUGAGAACGAUAACAUUGUUGAGUUGGAGGAUCACAACCAGAACAAACCUGCCAAAAAUAAGAAGAAGCCUCUUAAAUCCAACACUUUCAGAGUGAAGAAAUCUCCAAAGAGGUCUCCGAUUUCCGAGCAGAAUGCACAAUGUUGUCCUGUGUGUUCCCCACUCUCACCCUCCACCUCACACACACAUCAUCACCUGCAGGAGCACACACCCGACACAAACCCUGACUCUUCACAGGAUCACGCUACUGAUGAGGAGAAACUGGCUUCCUCUACCAAUCAGAAAUGGGCAACUCGACAUGAUGUCGAGGUGGAGCUUACCAGCAAUCAAGACUUCCCACAGCCAUCUGAUUUUACAACUUUUGUCAACGAGAACAGUUUAUCCACACAGAAUGAUGUUACAGACUACGAGAUUGAGUACAUGGAGAAGAUUGGCUCUUCAGCUCCGUCUCUCUCAUCAAAGAAACCAUCACUUUACCUUAAGCUGGACUCAGUGACAGACAGUCCGAAGAAAAGCAUGCAAGAUUCAGAGCCUAACUCGCCAUGCACUGGGAGCUUUGAGGAGAUGGAGGCUCAGAUCUCACAGGGGAAGUCACCUGUGUUGCCACCACGCAGUGCUCGCGAGCCCACGGCCCCAGAGAAAAGCAGAAAGAGAGAGAGUCAGUCUCAAAGUCAAACGCAGAGCAUUGAGAGAGAUGGAGCGUCCCCGAUGCAGGGCCCUAUGGACCCCUCAGAUCUGCCCCUCUUAGACAGACUGUCUGAUUCAGCCACCCCUCUCAGCUACCUGGAGCCUGAUCUGGCAGAGACCAACCCCACUGCCUUCGCCCAAAAACUGCAGGAGGAGCUGGUGCUCGCAUCCUUGAGGAUAGAGGCUCUUCAGGUAGCCAAAAACAUCUCUCAGAGCCCCUCUUUGUCCACUGUGUCCCCUAAGUCUCGCCUCAGGAAGCCCAGUCAGCGCCGCUGGUAUCUCAACGGUUCCCACAUGGCUAAAAAGACUGCAGGAAAGUCCACACAAACAGAUAUCAAACUCUGUCGCAGGAUGUCCCGUAUACCAAAGCAGCAGAGGGAAAUGGCCUCACCGGGAGACAGCGGAGUUUCCAAGAGUUCCCUGUAUUGUCGAGCAGGAUACGGUGAAGGGGAAAGCCCUCAUCUGCCUCGUGACAUGGACCACUCACUGGGCAUUGCGCGAGAGGAGGUUGUUGUCAAAGAGAAAGAAGCCAUGGAGUGGAAGAGAAAGUAUGAGGAGAGCAGACGGGAGGUGGAGGAGAUGAGGAGAAUAGUUAUGGAGUAUGAGAAAACCAUUGCAGAAAUGAUCGAGGGUGAGCAGAGAGAGAAGAACCUGUCACAUCACACCAUCCAGCAGUUGAUUCUUGAGAGGGACCAGGCUUUGGCUGACCUCAACUCUGUAGAGAAAUCCCUCGCUGACUUGUUUCGGCGCUACGAGAAAAUGAAAGACGUUUUGGAGGGCUUCCGCAAGAAUGAGGACGUCUUGAAGAAAUGUGCUCAGGAGUACCUGUCUCGUGUCCGUAAGGAGGAGCAGCGCUACCAGGCCCUGAAGUUCCAUGCUGAGGAAAAACUGGAUAAGGCGAAUUCUGAGAUCGCUCAGGUGAGAGUCAAAGCCAAGCAAGAGCAGGCAGCUUAUCAGGCCAGUCUGAGGAAAGAACAGAUGAAAGUGGAUUCACUGGAGCGCACGCUGGAACAAAAGAACAAAGAGAUUGAAGAACUGACCAAAAUAUGUGACGAAUUGAUUGCCAAGAUGGGGAAGAGUUAGCCCCCUAUCAGAGUCCUGUGUUACACUACAACAGGACAAUGUUUGGACAAGAGUUGUAUAAAAAGAUGGAGGUUCAGUGUAAUUUUUCGCUUUUUGUGAUGGACAGAACUAAUGGAUCUCACACUACUGAUGUCUUCACAAAACUGGACGCUCUGGGAGGACGCACUAUGUUCUGACUGUAAUUAUUUCAUUUUGAUGUAUUAAUGUACACAAAUGUACCUACUGUAUAUCGAGGGUCUUGUGACAGUACUUUCCAUCGGUAGAGACUUUUGUGAGAAUCUGUAUAGCUCACAGAAAGAGUAUGCGUGUUCAGUGAGUGUGAAGUUAUGAGUGCCGUUGCCAUGACAACCACUGAUGGAGCCGACUGUUAAACUGAUUCCUGUGGUUCUCGUCUUCUUAACCUAGAAACAGAAAUGACCAUAAGAAAGAGAAUAUAUAAAUAUAUAAUAUAGAACAGUCUGAAUAAUCAUUCACAGUUGUCACAAAGUGAUAUUCAUGAUUAUGAAAAAAUGCAUGUUGUAUGCCUUGAUGGUUUUGUAAAUAUGAAAAUGACUUGAAUAUAUCGUAAACGAACACAACUGCGGAUUUUGAUACUGUUAGUUUGUUUUGCUUCAUUGCUUAUCUUUGUAGAUACUUGUUGUUUCUUUUGUUGUCUCUUAGCAAACUGAUUUUAUUUUGAUAUAUAAAUGAACCCAGUUGUGACUGUCAAUUGCUCUGACUUGAACUAAUUUAACACGGAUUUGUCUCAGUCCAGCUAUGCUGAAUGUUUUACACGAGAGAAGUUCUGCCAGUUGUACAGGACAUGCUUCAAAGUGCAAUAAAAGAUGGCAAUACAGA